AUGAAACGCUUUUCCACUUCCACUUCGACAAUGUACGAACCUUCCAGCAGUUUCCGGGAAGCAGCUGCCUAUCUCUCGAGUGCAUCGUCGUUACAGCAAGUCUCCACGGCUACUAAACUUGAGUUAUAUGGCCUCUUCAAAUGGUUGACUGUUUCUCCCAGCCCGAAUACUUCUCGUCCAUCAAUCUUCGAUAUGACCGGUAGAGCUAAAUGGGACGCAUGGAAAUCCACUGGUGAAAACUACAACGAUGGAGCCGAAGGAGAGAGAAGAUACCUUCAGAUCGCCCGCGAUCUAGGCUGGACGGAAGGCACGAUAAGCAAGCCUCAAGUUGGUGCUCCUGAGGAGGAUGAGAUUGAUUGGGAUGAAGAGGACGUUCCAACCCAAAGCGGCGGUGUACGGUCGGGAUUAGGACCGUCAAUCAGUGUCAUGUUGAAAGAUGAGAACGACCUUCUACCCGAGACCGAUACAACUAUCCAUGACUUUGCUGUCUCUGGCGACCUUAAUAAACUAAUGACACUCCUCAAAAACAACCCACACCUCAAUUUAAACCAACUAGAUGAAAAUGGUUAUGCACCCUUGCAUUUGGCAAGUGAUCGAGGAAAUAUUUCAGUUGUGAAAUUCCUCCUAACAAAAGGAGCAGAUCCCAAAGUCAAGGAUUCGGACGGCAUGACUGCUCACGAUUUGGCAGAGGUAGCAGGUCGUGUAGAUAUUGUCCAAACUCUUUCCCAGACAUCCAACCCACACCCAGAACCGUUUCGGUAG